CCGGGGAGCCGCCGGGAGCGGCUGGAGGAGCGAUGCUCCUGGCGCUCCCCCCGCCCUGGUCCCGCUGCCUUUCCUGCCGCUCCCCGCGGGGGUUGUUAAUCGGGGAUAAGCCUGACCCGGAGCGCGAUGUGUGACAAGCCGGGAUUGAAUCCCAGCCCUGGCGCGCGGGGAUUUGCCCGGGAUCUCCCCGAGGAACAGACACCGUCUCCGCUGCUCGAGGCUACCGGGAAGGACCGAAAUAUCCCUGGAAAGCCACGGACAGAGGCUGCGUGUGGUAGGGACGGAGCAACGUUUGGGGCUGUGGAUUUCAAGCGCACUUGGAAAAUUAUCCAGCAGUUGAGUGCUGAGGGGGUGCUUUGGGAGCAUGGCCGGGGCAGGACUCCCAGUGCUGGCCUGGAGUGCAGGUUGUGAUGAGGGGAUCCCAUCCCCGCUCCCGGGGCGGGUUUUCUCCGUGGCUCUGUGAUCCUUCAUCCCUCCCCUUCCCGGUGUUUCCCGGCUCCGGAGCCCGAUCCCGGCAGAGGAUGAGGAGGUUCAUCUACUGCAAGGUGGUUCUGGCCACGUCCCUGCUGUGGGUGCUGCUGGACGUGUUCCUGCUGCUCUACUUCAGCGAGUGCAACAAGUGCGAUGACAAGAAGGAGAGGUCCCUGCUGCCCGCCCUCCGGGCCGUUAUUUCCCGGAACCAGGAAGGGCCAGGAGAGAUGGGAAAGGCUGUGCUCAUCCCCAAGGACGAGCAGGAGAAGAUGAAGGAGCUGUUUAAGAUCAACCAGUUCAACCUGAUGGCCAGUGACCUGAUCGCCCUGAACCGCAGCCUGCCCGACGUGCGGCUGGACGGGUGCAAGACGAAGGUGUACCCCGAGGAGCUGCCCAACACCAGCGUGGUGAUCGUGUUCCACAACGAGGCCUGGAGCACCCUGCUGCGCACCGUGGCCAGCGUCAUCAACCGCUCGCCCCCGCGCCUGCUCCGCGAGAUCAUCCUGGUGGACGACGCCAGCGAGAGAGAGUUUCUGAAGGCCUCCUUGGAGAACUACGUGAAGACCCUGGAGGUGCCCGUGCGGAUCCUGCGGAUGGAGCAGCGCUCGGGGCUGAUCCGGGCGCGGCUCCGCGGGGCCGCCGCUUCCAAGGGCCAGGUGAUCACCUUCCUGGAUGCCCACUGUGAGUGCACCCUGGGCUGGCUGGAGCCUCUGCUGGCCAGGAUCAAGGAGGACAGGAAAACCGUGGUGUGUCCCAUCAUCGACGUGAUCAGUGAUGACACCUUCGAGUACAUGGCGGGCUCCGACAUGACCUACGGGGGCUUCAACUGGAAACUCAACUUCCGCUGGUACCCCGUGCCCCAGAGGGAGAUGGACAGGAGGAAAGGGGACAGGACCCUCCCUGUCAGGACCCCUACUAUGGCUGGUGGCCUAUUUUCUAUUGACAGAAACUACUUUGAAGAGAUAGGAACUUACGAUGCAGGAAUGGAUAUCUGGGGUGGCGAGAAUCUUGAAAUGUCUUUUAGGGUCUGGCAGUGCGGGGGCUCCCUGGAGAUCGUCACCUGCUCCCACGUGGGCCACGUCUUCCGCAAGGCCACCCCCUACACCUUCCCGGGGGGCACCGGCCACGUCAUCAACAAGAACAACCGCAGGCUGGCCGAGGUCUGGAUGGACGACUUCAAGGACUUCUUCUACAUCAUCUCCCCAGGUGUGGUGAAGGUGGAUUAUGGAGAUGUGUCCGUCAGGAAGGCCCUGAGGGAAAGCCUCAAGUGCAAACCCUUCUCCUGGUACCUGGAGAACAUCUACCCCGACUCCCAGAUCCCGCGGCGCUACUACUCCCUGGGAGAGAUCAGGAACGUUGAAACCAACCAGUGUUUGGACAACAUGGGCCGCAAGGAAAACGAGAAAGUGGGAUUUUUCAACUGCCAUGGAAUGGGAGGAAAUCAGGUGUUCUCCUACACCGCCGACAAGGAGAUCCGCACGGACGACCUGUGCCUGGACGUGUCGCGGCUCAACGGGCCCGUCCUCAUGCUCAAGUGCCACCACAUGAGGGGCAACCAGCUCUGGGAGUACGACGCCGAGAAGCUCACCCUGAGGCACGUGAACAGCAACCAGUGCCUGGCAGAGCCGUCGGAGGAGGACAGGCUGGUGCCCACCAUGCGGGAGUGCGGGGCCGGCCGCUCCCAGCAGUGGCUGCUGCGCAACAUGACCCUGGGGCCCUGAGCUGGGCAUGGCAUCUCCUCCUCCUCCUCCUCCUCCUGCCCUCCUCCUGCAGAGCCCAGCCCUCUCCCAACCCCAGCAGAGCCCCAGCACUGCAGGUCUCUCUCUUUGGCUGCUCCCAGAAGCUCCUCCGAGCCUGCGAAGGAUAAAGCACGUGCUGGGGCCACACAAACGUGCUCAGAGAUGGUUCCAGGGACACCAGCCUGCAGCAGAGAGGUGUUGCUGUGUGUCACACACCCCCACAGGGAGGUGGCCCAGUGUAAAAGGCCUUGUGACACCAGUUGGCACUGGGAACCACCCUGGCCGGUGUGUCCCGAGCUGGGGGUGACGGUGCUGGGCUCCCUUGGCAAGGCCUGGAGGAUGUUUGCUGAUCUCUUGUGCCCACUGGGACCUGACAGCACCAAACUGAGCAGAAAAAGGCACCAGGCAGAGCCAAAGCCUCGUGGUUUGUGCUGGGAAAAAAUGGGAUCUGGUGUUUGGAAGACUGGGGAAAGGCUGCACUUAAAAAAGGAGGUGACAACAGAAGACACGGGAAUGUGGAGAGGAAGGAGGGACACGUGUGGUCCUUCAGACCAGCACUGAGGGAACUGUCCUCUCCAUGGGACUGGAGCUGUCCUCUCCAUGGGACUGGAACUGUCCUCUCCAUGGGACUGGAACUGUCCUCUCCAUGGGACUGGAACUGUCCUUUCCAUGGGAAUGGAGCUGUCCUUUCCAUGGGAAUGGAACUGUCCUCUCCAUGGGAAUGGAGCUGUCCUCUCCAUGGGAAUGGAGCUGUCCUCUCCAUGGGACUGGAACUGUCCUCUCCAUGGGAAUGGAGCUGUCCUCUCCAUGGAACUGGAACUGUCCUCUCCAUGGGAAUGGAACUGUCCUCUCCAUGGGACUGGAACUGUCCUCUCCAUGGGAACGGAACGGGCUGGGGCUGGACCAGGGGCUGCAGGGGGCAGAUGGAGGGACCAAAACUGUCCCUCUGGGCCCAGCAGAGCCUGGAGAGCCCCCAGCCCUGGCUGCCCUCCCCCAGCAGUGUAUCCCUGUCCAGAACACAGGCAGAGCUUCAGCCCUGGAUCCCCUGCACGGAGCUGGAUCCGCUCCCAGUUCUGCUUCCAGAGCCGUGCCAGAGGCUGAUUUCUGUGUCCUGGUGAUUCUGUGGCUCAGCCCCUUUGUUGGUGUGGUCAUUCCUGAUGCUCCCUGGUGGGGUGUGGGGACAGGUCCUGCCCAUACAGGUGACAUUUCCCAUCUGUUCCGGGGACAUUUCCUUUGGUGACCACCCAAAAUCCAUCUGUUGCACUCCAGGCUGGGUUUUUGGCAAUAGUCUGUGGCUUCUUAUUGCUCAGAGGGCUCAAGAGACUGAAAUCCCAGGGCAGCCUGAUCCCAGCACGGGGAAGGGGUGAAAUGUUUCCCAGGAUUUCACUCCCAGUUCCUCCAGAGGUCUGUAAAUGCACUGGGUCAUUAAAAAGGACAGUAUUUUCUGUAUAA